UGCAUCAAACCCUUCUCAGACUCCCCACUGGUAAGAUAGGAACCUUAUGCAGUGGGACCGUCCCUUUUUUUUUAGCCUACUUAGCCAACAAACUACAAUCAAGACAUUAUUUGAUAAGAGAGAAAUCAAUGUAGAAAUUUUAAAAGGUUCAUUUUUUUAGUCCUAGCAGUUACAUCCACUAGUCUUCCAUAUAUGAGCAAAAUUUUCUUCUACUAGCUUAGUUAUAUUUAGCCAUAGAGAUAAACGUACCAGAUAGGAAAGAUGGGCAACAGGCAGGAGGUACAGCAAGGUGAGAACAGCUUGCAAGAAGAGAUAAGGGAGCUACUUAUACCAGAAGACAAGAAUCAAGCUGAUGAAGAAGAUGGCUAUGGUGCCAAAGAUCAGAGCCACAAAAGCAGUACUGCGGAGCAUGAAUGGAUGGUUUACCUUAGUACCUUUGUCGCAGUGUGUGGUUCUUAUGCAUUUGGAACCUGUGCAGGUUAUUCAUCACCUACUCAGUCGGCCAUCACGGAUGAUCUCGAUCUAUCACUAGCAGAGUACUCAUUGUUUGGUUCCAUAUUGACUUUUGGUGCGAUGAUUGGUGCAAUUACAAGUGGACCCAUAGCUGAUUUCAUUGGUCGCAAAUGGGCAAUGAGAGUGUCUAGCGGUUUCUGCGUUGCUGGCUGGCUAGCCAUAUACUUUGCUGAGGGGGCUUUAGUUUUAGUCAUUGGAAGACUAGCAACAGGAUAUGGAAUGGGAGUCUUUUCCUAUGUGGUACCUGUAUUUAUAGCUGAAAUAUCACCCAAGAAUCUGCGAGGAGCAUUAACAACCCUAAAUCAGCUCAUGAUUACUGCAGGUGUCUCUGUUUCCUACAUAAUUGGGACAGUGCUGACAUGGAGAGUUUUAGCAUUAAUAGGGCUAAUUCCAUGUGCCAUUCUGCUAUUGGGUCUCUUUUUGAUUCCAGAGUCUCCCAGAUGGUUGGCAAAGAUAGGACAUCAGAAAGAUUUUGAAGCUGCACUACAGAGACUCCGUGGCAAGGAUGCUGAUAUAUCUGAGGAGGCAGCUGAAAUCCAAGUUUACAUAGAAACCCUUCAACGGCUCCCCAAGGCCAAACUGCUGGAUUUGUUUCAAAGAAGAUACUUGCGCUCAGUCUUUAUUGGAGUUGGACUGAUGGUUUGUCAACAAUUGGGGGGAAUCAAUGGAAUCUGUUUCUAUGUCGCCAGUAUUUUCGAUGCAGCAGGAUUUCCUUCCAGCACUGGAACUAUAAUCUACGCAUGUAUUCAGGUACCUAUUACUGCUCUAGGUGCAACCUUAAUCGACAAAGCUGGAAGAAAACCCCUUUUAUUGGUUUCUGGAUCAGGAUUGGUUAUAGGUUGUGCGCUAACAGCGAUUUCAUUCUAUCUAAAGGUCCAUGAAAUAGCAGUUGAUGCAUCACCAAUACUUGCUGUAACUGGCAUACUGGUAUACAUAGGAUCAUUUUCAGUAGGAAUGGGGGCAGUGCCUUGGGUUAUAAUGUCUGAGAUAUUCCCAAUAAAUGUAAAGGGGGUAGGUGGAAGCUUAGCAACAUUGGUGAAUUGGUUCAUUGCAUGGUUGGUGUCCUACACUUUUAAUUAUCUCAUGACCUGGAGCUCUUGCGGUACCUUCAUCCUUUAUGGUGCAAUCAACAUACUGGCUAUCUUGUUCAUUGUUAUAGUGGUUCCUGAAACAAAAGGGAGAAGUUUGGAACAGAUACAGGCUGCCAUCAAUGUUUAAAAAAAAGGACGAGAAGGAAGAACCAUUAUUUCCAAAUAAGUUUUAAUUUGAAAUUUUGAAUCUCAUUGAACUUCUUAAGACAGAGAAGAUGGUUCAAAGCCACAAAAUGAAAGGUGGAACUCAGUAUUUGAACAUUUUAUCCAUGAGACAGAAGUGAAAUCAUCAAGGUUUGCUUUAUGUCCCUAUAUCAUUUUGACGUACAAUUUUUUCAUAGCCUCAUAAAUGGGAAUCACAAAGCAAUUAUAUGUAA